AGAGGGACGGAGGCGCUAUUGUUGCCGCAUCGCUGAGGAAGCCGGAGCGGCGGCGGCGGACGACGACAGCGGGCCCGGGGCAGCGCGGCGCGGGCCCAGCGGCAGCCAUGAGCGGCGGCGUGUACGGCGGGGAUGAAGUUGGGGCUCUUGUUUUUGACAUCGGCUCAUACACAGUCAGAGCAGGCUAUGCAGGUGAAGACUGCCCAAAGGUUGAUUUUCCAACAGCUAUUGGUGUGGUGCUAGAAAGGGACAAUGGCAGUACUUUGAUGGAGAUAGAUGGUGACAAAGGCAAACAAGGGGGCCCAACUUAUUACAUAGACACCAAUGCCCUGAGAGUUCCACGGGAAAAUAUGGAGGCCAUUUCACCCUUAAAAAAUGGAAUGAUUGAAGACUGGGAUAGUUUCCAGGCAAUUUUGGAUCACACGUACAAGAUGCAUAUUAAAUCUGAAGCAAGUUUGCAUCCUGUUCUAAUGUCUGAAGCACCAUGGAAUACUAGGGCAAAGCGUGAAAAACUGACUGAGCUGAUGUUUGAACACUACAACAUCCCUGCUUUUUUCCUAUGUAAAACUGCGGUUCUAACAGCUUUCGCUAAUGGGCGAUCGACAGGUCUCAUUUUGGAUAGCGGAGCAACGCACACCACUGCUAUUCCAGUGCAUGAUGGAUAUGUACUUCAGCAAGGUAUUGUGAAAUCACCACUUGCAGGAGAUUUUAUUACUAUGCAGUGCCGAGAACUGUUUCAGGAGAUGAACAUAGAGAUAAUUCCUCCAUACAUGAUUGCUUCAAAGGAGGCAGUUCGUGAAGGAUCACCAGCAAAUUGGAAGAGAAAAGAGAAGUUACCCCAAGUCACAAGGUCUUGGCACAACUACAUGUGUAAUUGUGUCAUUCAGGACUUCCAAGCUUCUGUCCUCCAAGUGUCAGAUUCAACCUACGAUGAACAGGUAGCGGCACAGAUGCCAACAGUUCAUUAUGAGUUUCCCAACGGCUAUAACUGUGACUUCGGUGCUGAGCGUCUAAAAAUUCCUGAGGGAUUAUUUGACCCUUCCAAUGUAAAGGGUUUAUCUGGUAACACGAUGUUGGGCGUGAGCCACGUUGUCACAACAAGCGUUGGAAUGUGCGAUAUAGACAUCAGGCCAGGCCUCUACGGCAGUGUGAUUGUAGCAGGUGGAAACACUCUAAUACAGAGUUUUACAGACAGAUUGAACAGAGAGUUGUCUCAGAAAACUCCACCGAGCAUGCGCCUGAAAUUGAUAGCAAACAACACAACAGUGGAGCGGAGGUUCAGUUCAUGGAUUGGUGGUUCCAUUUUGGCUUCUUUGGGCACUUUUCAACAGAUGUGGAUUUCUAAACAAGAAUAUGAAGAAGGAGGGAAACAGUGCGUAGAAAGAAAAUGCCCUUAAACUUUUUACUGUGAAAAACUGCUGUCUCCCCAUCACUCCUUCUAUUUUAUAGCUUUAGCAUACUCAGGAAUGGGAUGGACUCUUUUGUAGAAAUUUUAUAUUGGGUUUUUUGCAUAAUUCAAGUUCCAUUUUAACAAACUAGAAAUUUUGAGAGAAGUAAUUGGUACUGUCAUAGAAAAAGGAUGUUUACAUCUCUUAAAAAGCAAUAAUUCAUAUAACAAGCAUUUUUAUAAUUUUGUAUAAAUGUCUAUUUUCUCUAAUAUCUUUUCCUGUGAACAGCUUUACAGGUUAGCUAAUAGAGGCAUAACCUUGCAAAUGCCUGUGCAUCAAAUUUAUUAAAAGUUUCUUGUCUACUUUUGCAUAUUAGUCUUCCUUGCUAAUACUUUGGCCUUAAAUUGCUCUUAUAUUCCUCUUAAAAUAAAACUGGCUUUCACAUUUGAGCAGUUUUGUGAGUACUUGCAGAGAAACAGUUACUGGUUUGUUUUAAAAAUGGAAAGUAUUUCUGUAUUUUCUAAUCUGUCAUGGGUGACUCAGUUCAGUGUAAAAUUUAAUGAAAAAUGAUACAUUCCAGUUAGAGAAUGUUAUGUUUAUGCACUGGUUUGUUAAUUGUUCUGUUAUGGAGCAAUUUCAAUUUGGUUAACAGUUGAUACUUUCCACUUGAUUUGUAGGAAUGUAGAUAAUAUGCUGAAUGCCUUUGUGAUGUAGGUGAGAAGCAUCACUUCAGAGACAGGGAAGUUAAGCAGUUUUCUGCUUUCUCCAAGUCAUAGAAGAGCUCAGGAUGUGGCUUGACGCUUCGCAGCCAGCUGUUAACUGAAGGGGGCACUUCCUACUUGUUUCUUGCUGGUUUAGCUCCCUCAGCUGGCUCAUAGCAGGGUAGUAAGUGCCUGUAUUUUGGAAGGGGAGUGUGCACUCAGGGGCAAAUGAAGUAGGAGGGUUUUUUCAGCAGGAACUGGCUGUCAGGAUGCAGCUUCAUGUUGCUGUUAAUCUUUAUUUUACAACUGCGUGAUGUUCUGUAUCGGGACGCAAUUAAGUUUUUGCUUAAAACCUAAGCUUUUAAGCUAUCUUAAAAGCUUUGGUAAAUCACAUAGCAUAUAACUGUUUAAAAGAAAAAUGUAAACAAUACUGUUAAUUUCUGGGUACCCUCAACCUCUUUGGUUAAUAAUGAUGGACUCUUUCCUUGAAAGUAGUUGCGCGUUACCUCUGAACAAUAAAAUAAUUUAUCAAAACAA